AUGAAGAUUACUCAGAUCUCAAAGCUUGACAAAAACGAGAGGCAUCCCAAGAGAAUUGCCGAACCGAUGAUGAAGAAGAAAAUGAAAUUAAAAUCUCUCGCAUCUCUUAACAAUCUUGACGAUGGUUGCCUCAUGCACAUCCUCAGCUUCCUAUCUCCAAUUCCAGAUAGGUAUAACACAGCACUCGUUUGCCACAGAUGGAGAUAUCUGGCGUGUCACCCUCGCUUGUGGCUACGUGUUGAUCGAUUCGUUAAGGAUUUGUCAUCGCAGCCUGGAGUUUUCCACAACAUUGAGUCAGCUGUAUCUGCAGCCAGACCCGGCGAUACCAUUUUAAUAGGAGCUGGUGGGAAUCAUCACGUUUCUAAUGUUCAGAUUAAAAAGCCUCUUUGCCUGGUUGGUGGAGGCGAGACUCCUGAUGAAACCACACUCCUUUGUUCUCGAGGUUCAGACAGUGCGCUGGAAUUGCUAUCAACCUGCAAGCUCGCAAAUCUAACAGUGAAAGCCGAGCUCGGCUGCUGCUUGCUUCAUAGGAGUGGAAGGCUAACGAUUGAUGGAUGCGUGCUUCAAUGCGAAACAGACCCUUUGGAUCAUCUCUCAUGCCCAAUCGUGAGCACUGCUGGAAGUGAAGAAGAAGAUAUCUUGAGCCCUGUGGAAGUGAAGGAAAAGAUUGGGAAUGAAGAAGAAGAAGAUACUUUGACUCCUGUGGAGGUGCUGAAGGAAACUGUUGUUGAAAAGAUUGGAGAUGAAGAAGAUAUGCUGAGCCCUGUGGAAGUGAAAAUGAAAGAAACUGUUGUUGAAAAGAUUAAAGGAAACAGUGUGACUGUUUUGCAGACAAGGAUCGAAGGAGGUGCUAAAGCUGUCGCGACAAGCGGAGACUUGGUGCUGCAGCGUGUUCGAGUCAUGUAUUCGAAGGCUUACCUCUAUUUUUGGUUUGAUGUAGAUCACGAGUGA